UAAAGUUCACUUUAAAUUGAUUUGAAAAUUAAAAUAGUUUCAAUUAUUGGACCCCAAAGAUAAUUCCAUUGACAAAAUGGACACCAAAAGGGGUCACAAAAGUCUACGGUAUUGUAAGGUCAAGUCAUGAAUCAUAAUAAUAAUAAUAAUAACAACACCCAAUUCCAAAAUCACCCCUGCUCUGUUCUCAUGGAACACAACUGCAAGGGCUGAAGAAAAACAAAAAUAUAUCAAAAAAUCACCAACCCCAGAGACCCAAGAGAGGUGCCCACCUUUGGGUCAUUCCCCCAAAGCCAAAACAAGAAAAAGAAGAGAAAUAAAGGCAGACAUGGCAGAGAACAAGGCAGCCGAAAUCAAGGACUUCCAAAUUGUGACUUCAAACAAAGAUGAUACCAACAACAACAACAAGAAGCAAUUAGCCCCAAAGAGAAGCUCUAAUAAGGACAGACACAAAAAGGUUGAUGGCAGAGGAAGAAGAAUUAGGAUGCCAGCACUAUGCGCCGCCAGAGUUUUUCAAUUGACUAGAGAAUUGGGUCAUAAAUCUGAUGGUGAGACCAUUCAGUGGCUCUUACAACAAGCUGAGCCUUCGAUCAUCGCCGCCACUGGCUCCGGGACUAUCCCUGCUUCUGCUCUUGCUACUUCAGGGGCCUCUGUUUCUGAACAGGGGAACUCUGUUUCUUCCGGUUUGCAUUCAAAGAUUGAUGAUUUAAUCCCUAGGGGUGGCAAUUGGACACUUAUGAGUGGUCACUUGGGAAGAUCUCAUGGUGUUUGGCCUGCAAUAACUGGAAUUGGGUCAGGGUUUGUGCACAAUUCUGGUCAGUCAACAUCGAGUUUCGCUACCGAAAACUUGAAUUACUUGCCUAAGUUUGGAAUCCAUGGCUUGGAAUUUCCUGGUAUGAACUUAGGUUCAAUGAGUUUUCCAGCAAUUAUGGGACCAGGUGGGGGAAAUCAACAUGUUCCGGGUUUGGAACUCGGUCUUUCUCAAGAUGGUCAUAUUCGGGUUUUGAAUUCGCAAACUUUGGUUCAAUUUCAGCAACAACAACAGCAGCAGCAGCAGCAGCAAGCUGAGCAGAGAUCUGGACCUGAAAACUCUGUUGAGAAAGAUGACUCUCAAAGUAGAUGAUCAUGGCUUGGAUUUUGUUAUUGCAUAGAAUAGAAUUUUGGACUUGAAGGGUUGAAAAAGUUCAUCCAACAGGUUCUUCAAUCUCCAACACAAACAGAUUGCUCUGUUUAUGUAAAAGUUUCAUGUUAACUGUUUGAAUUCUUUCCCUCUUUUCUUUUCUUUUUUUUUUUCAUACAGGAUAAACUAUGCAGUAGAUAAUGGUUUGGAGGUUUGGAAGUUUGGAUUUGAUUUUUUUCUUUUUUCCGUUUGCUUAGAAAAUCUUUCUCUUAGGAGUGUAAUUGUAGCUAAUGACAAUUUCUCUUGCUUGUUAUCUUUAUCCAAAUAUGAAGUUUGGUU